AUGGUGGGCAACUCCGUCUACUGCGCCACGCGCGGGGUGUACAGUUCCCCCCGGGGAACCGUCAAAAUUCCGGCGGAUCCGUCGCUCUCCAUGGUCCGCUUCCUCCUCCGCAAUGCCUCCUCUUACCCCAAUCGCGUCGCCCUCGCCGACACCAACUCCGGGCGGUCCUUCACCUUCGGGGAGCUCGAGGCUGCCAUCAAUCGGGUCGCCGCCGGCAUCUCCCGCCUGGGGGUCGCCAAAGGCGACGUCGUUCUCAUCUUCUCCCCCAACUGCAUCGACUUCCCUCUGUGCUUCUUCGCGGUCAUCUCCCUCGGCGCCAUCGUCACCACCGUCAACCCCCUCUACACCGUCUCCGAGCUCUCCAAGCAGACCGCCGACUCCGGCGCCCGCCUGGUCAUCACCGUCCCCCAGCUCUUCCCCAAGGUCAGGGAGCUCCGCCUGCCCACCGUGAUCCUGGGGCCCUCGAAGCUCUCCGUGGCGGAGGCCGCGGGGGCCUCCAUCGUCUACCUUCCCGAUCUGCUCCAGUCCGUCGGCGACUCGCCGGCGUUCGUGCCGCCGGCGGCGGCGCAGACCGACGUGGCGGCGCUGUUCUACUCCUCCGGCACCACGGGGGCCAACAAGGGGGUGGAACUGACGCACCGCAAUUUCAUCGCCGCAUCUUUAAUGGUGACCGCGGAGCAGGAUCUCCGGGGGGAUCCGCCCCACGUCUGCCUCUGCUUCCUCCCCAUGUUCCAUAUCUUCGGGCUGUCGCUGGUCACCUACGCUCAGUUGCAGAGGGGGAACAGCGUCGUCUCCAUGGGCAGUUUCGACAUGGAGAUGAUGAUGCAGGCGGUGGAGAGGUUCAGGGUCACCUUAAUCCCCCUGGUCCCCCCGGUGGUGAUCGCCCUGGCGAAGCAGGGCAAGGUGACGAGCUACGAUCUGUCUUCUCUCCGGCAGGUCAUCUGCGGCGCAGCGCCCCUCGGCAAGGACAUCAUGGAGGAGGCCUCCAAGAUAUACCCAGACGUCGAGAUCUUUCAGGCGGGUAGCUCCAUCUUCAUCUUUCUCCCCAGUUGAUCUAAUCCCCCCCUGAAGGUCACCCUUUCGGUAACUAUUUAGAGAGAGAAACUGCAGCAGCUAACAGAGUCCUUUCUCUCUCUGCAGGGAUACGGCCUGACAGAGUCCUGUGGGAUCAUUUCAUUAGAAGUCCGGGUGGAAGGUGUCCGCCAGUACGGUUCGGCUGGGUUUCUCGUUCCUGGAGUAGAAGCCAAGGUCAUCAACGUGGACACAGGGGUACCUCUGCCUCCUAAUGGAGUCGGGGAGCUGUGCUUCCGUGGGGACAACAUCAUGCGAGGUGGGCUUCACUGAUACUGCUUCGUUCUAGUCUGUGUCUUUGUAUGCAUCUGAAUGGAUGAAUCUGCCUGCUGCGGUUCUUCGCCAUAGACGGAGGGAUUGCAUGGCUAUUCUUCUGGUCCUUCAUCGCUUUUCCUUGAAGCUCUGCUUGAGCUGCACCUUUUCCGUGGAGGGUUUCUAAUUUGGUGCAUUAUUUUCUUGUGCCUUCUCCUUGCGCUCAACAGAACUUAUUUUUAGUUUUGUGCUCUUUGAACUUUCGCAUGCCUUUUUUUUUUCUCAUGAUUUUUUCGCUCUCGAUUUUCCUCUUCUGACAAAAAACUCUCUCUCUCUCUCUCUCUCUCUCUCUCUCGCUCUCUCUAUCUCUACUGAUAAUGUUUUACUUUCCUCUGCUGAGAAUAACGUAUGGAUGGCAGAAAUAUGCCCCGGGUGACAGUCUUAGACUUUGCUAAUAUUAAAUUAUCUCACUCAAGGCUCUAACAUUCUGCUCAUGUUCAUUCUACCUGUAUCUUCUAAACCAGCUUUGACUUCAUUUUCAGGCUAUUUUAAUAAUUUGGAGGCCACCGCAUGGACCUUGGACAAAGAAGGGUGGCUGCAUACAGGGGAUCUUGGGUACUUUGAUGAUGAAGGGAAGCUCUAUGUCGUUGACCGUAUAAAAGAGCUCAUCAAGUACAAAGGAUUUCAGGUGCAAUUCUGUCUAGAGAUAUUGUUCCUGUAUUGUUCCUUGGAGCUUCUAGCUAUGAUCACGCUUCUCAUUUUUAGCUCAUCAAGUUAUCUCAUUUUUAGCUUGUUAUUGUGGAAAUGGUGGCUGGAAAUCAUGCAUCACAGGCACCUUCCUUGAUGAAUUUGGGUUCAUGGGGCUCUAUGACUUCAUAUUUUGGUAUCCAAAUCCUCCACACGGACGCUGAUCGAUGUUCAUAGAGCAGUAAAUAUGAUGUUAUGGAAGAUAAUCUGACCAUUGGGCCAGCAGGUGGCCCGGCCACGCUUUUCAAGUUCGGAGACGGCAGAGAGGAUCUUCAAUCGAUUUCUUUUGAGUGCAAAAGUUUCACAGGUUUCCAAAUCCUCCUUCCAGGUCGCCCCCGCCGAGCUCGAAGGGUUGCUUCUCUCACAUCCGGAGAUUCUAGACGCCGUCGUCGUCCCGUGAGUAAACCCAUCACAAAACUCUCUCUCUCUCUCCCAGAAUUAUGAAUACCCAAGGAUCUAUUUGGGGCAACCAGUCGGAAUUUCUUGUGUUUCCCUCAGGUUGCCGGAUGAGGAAGCUGGGGAAGUGCCCAUCGCUUAUGUCGUCCGCGCCACUCAGAGCUCCCUCACUGAAGCAGACGUUCAGAAGUUCAUUGCGGUACAGGUAUUCAUCACUAAACGAAGUAUCAGCAUCCUUAAAUUUUUCGUGGAUUCACCGAGCUCAGCCCUUGCUUGGGUUGGGAUUGAAGAAAAACCCUGAAAAAUUAGGCUCUGGGUAGAACCCAGCUUUAACCCCCCCUGCAUGCGCUGAUCCAGUAUGGGUAUGGGCUGGAAUUAGGGUUACAGCUGGAGAAGAAGAAAGCUGGAUACUCAUCACUAAACCCUGUGGAUUCACCAAGCCCAGCCCUUGCCCGGCUUGGGAUUGGAGGAAAACCCUGCAAAAUUGUUCUCGGGGUAGAACCCAGUUUUAGCCUUCCUGCACGCACUGAGCCAGUAUGGGUCCGGGCUGGAAUUAGGGUUACAACUGGAGAAGAAAUAAGUAUUAAUGGAGUAGACAAAUCAUGUCCUCUUCUCUCUGUAGGUUGCGCCGUUCAAGAGACUGCGGAAGGUCAGCUUCAUAGACAGCGUGCCCAAGUCGGCUUCAGGAAAGAUCUUGAGGAGGGUGCUAAUCGACAGGAUCAGGUCCAGACAGUGA